GGGGGGACCGCACGUUUAUUUAUUUAUGAAGCUCGCAGCGCGCCGGGAGAAGGCUCCUUUCGGCAGAUAUUAUAUAUUUGGUUAAGGGGGUGCCUUUCUGUUGUUUAAAAGGGAGGGAAAAAGGGGGUGGACGGUUUGUUCUUGGGGGUCCCUGGUGCAAUCUCAGCUCCUCAUGGGUGCUAUUUUGCAACCUCAGGCGCCUGCUAUUGGUCAGCCCGUGAUCAGAUGGUUGUAUUUCCUUGUGUCCCUCGCUGGCACCACGCCAUCUCCCUUCAGCUAAAACCCAAUCUCCGAUAUACCACUAAUAGCUAAACCACUUGGACUAUAAAACACAACAAAUCAUAAAGCCCGGGCUAAAAAGGACGGCACACGCACACACACACACACAAGGAUUAAAAAAAAAAAAAAAAAAAAAAAAAGAAAAAAAAAGAAAGAGGAAAAAAAAGAAAGAGGAAAAAAAAAAGGGGGAAUCUCUCUCUCUCUCUCUCUCCUUUCCGAUGAGUUCUUAUUUUGUCAACUCGACCUUCCCGGUGAGCCUGGCGGCGGGGCAGGAGCCCUUCCUGGGACAGAUCCCGCUGUAUCCCUCGGGCUACGCGGAUCCUCUGAGGCACUACCCCAGCACCUAUGGAGCCUCGGGCGUGCAGGACAAGGGCUACUCCUCCUCUCCUUACUACCAGCAGAGCAGCGCAGCAGCGUUCGGCGGCCGCGGCUCCGCCUGUGACUAUGGGCCCGGCGGCUUUUUCAGGGACAAGGACCCUGCGUGCGCCCCUCCCAGCCUGGACGAGGUGCCCUCCUUCGGCGCCGAGCCGCGCAAGGCGGACUGCGCGCACAGCAAAAGUGCGUUCGGAGAGAGCGAGGAGCAAAAGUGUUCCGCGCCGGUUUACCCCUGGAUGCAGCGGAUGAACUCUUGCAAUAGUUCGUCCUUCGGGCCCAGCGGCCGCCGGGGCCGCCAGACCUACACCCGCUACCAGACCCUGGAGCUGGAGAAGGAAUUCCACUUCAACCGCUACCUGACCCGGCGGCGCCGCAUCGAGAUCGCGCACUCGCUGUGCCUGACCGAGCGCCAGAUCAAGAUCUGGUUCCAGAACCGCCGCAUGAAGUGGAAAAAGGAGAACAAACUGCUCAGCUCCUCGCAGCUCAGCGCCGAGGAGGAGGAGGAGAAGGCGGCCGAGUGAUUCCGCAGCGGCGACGACAAAAACCAACCACCACCGCCGACAACAAACCAAUAACAACAACAAAAAAUAGAGUAAAAGCAACGCCAACGCUUAAAAAGUUAUUUAAAACGCGCAAAACGCCAUAAAAAAUUGGGAUUUAGGGAGGGAGGAGUGUGAGAGCAGAGGGGAAGAGGGGAGGGGGCUGGCUGGGGGGAAAAGUCGCUCCUUGGGGGGACGAGCCCCCGCAGCCGCGGCCACCGCCACCGGGUUUGGGCCACCAACGCCCUGGGCUCCAAUUCCCGAUGAUUUUGUCCAGAAACAAACAAAAAAAACCACACAAAACUAAUCAGGCUUCUUAGUUGCGCUUUGAAUUUUUGGUUUUUGCCCCUUUCCCUCCCACUCCGCCCCCCCUCCCACACAUGAAAUGGAAUAAUAAUAAUAACAAUAAUAAUUAAAAAGUGAAGAGGUGGAGAGGGAGAAGCAGGGAAAGAAAGGGAAAGAGAAAAAAAGGGAAAAAAAGAAAAAAAAUUAAAAAAAAGGACUCCUAGCCGUGUUUCUACCCUUGGUGUCACUGUUAGUAAUCUGCUAACUCUUGUAUUUAAUGGAAGUGCUGCAAUAUAUGUCAUUUGGGGUGUUUCUUGUCCUAAUUUUGUAAAAAUGUUUCAUGCACGGUUGACAUAAGUUGGGUUUUUCACUUUCUUUCUUUUUUUUUUUUUUUUUUUACUCCUUUGGUAAAUUAAUCAAACCCUGGGGUUCUUUGUAAUUAGUUUUGGGGUGUUUGUUUUUGUUUGGGUUUUUUUUUUCUUCUUUUUUGCCUUUUUAUUUUUUUUAUUUUAAAAAGGAAAAAAUCUACUGAAAGAACGAGUACUACCUACAAGGCUGCAGGAAAAAAAAAAAAAAAAAGAAAAAAAAAGAAAAAAAAAGAAGAAGAACAGCGACAGAAAGUUCUAUUUUAUUAAUUUUUGUACGUGUUGUGUUUGGAGUUUGUCUUAGGUAUGAACAUGGAAUUCUCUAAUAAAAGCCAAGUCUUCGAUCUCACCCGCACUCCCCUCCCCUGUCAUUAUUAGCGCUGCUUUUCAGGGCAUUUUCCCCUUUUCCAGGGGGUGAAAAGGAGAUUUUCGUGACGAUGCCCCCUGAUCCUCCAGGACGCGCAACUCCGCGGCACGGGAGUUUCAGGGGGCAGAAAAAUCUGCUUUUCCCCCCUUUUUUUGGCUCUGAUGUGCAAUGGAAGCCCUUUCACCAGGAGCGUUUCCUGGCUGACAUUUCUGCCUCCAGCACCGCGCUCUCUCCCUCUCGCUCUCUUUUUUUUUUUUAUUGUUACAGUACAAAGAGUUAUGACGAAACGCCGUCCCAUCUCCAUAAUAAAUCAAGGAAACGGGCAAAAAUACGCUCUCAUUUAUCCACCAAAGCUACCUAACAUUUGCCCAGCAUCUUUCAAACAUCUGCUCCCUCGCUCCGCGCCCCCAAAUCAAAGAGAAAUGUGGCGCAAAAAAAUAAAAAAAAAAAAUUAAAAAU